ACCUCAUCGUUCCUCUCGUCAAGGCCACACCCUACACCGCAUACGGCACUCAACAAACUGGCAACAUCAGCCAGACCGUACGUAAACCCCAUGAUCAUUAUUUCUGAGUGUGCGACUAACAGAUCCCAGCGUACCACCGCCGUCUGGACAGAGAUCUCUUUCGAUGUCCCCGCCAACAAUGCCAACAUGUGCCACCUCGACUUUUUCCUCAACACCAACCCAUUAAAAAACGCGCCUCUCGUACUCUCCGGCCAGGCCCCUUACACAUUCAACAUCUCACGUCUCGAGCCUAGGAUCAACAAAGAUAGAGACACAUGGAACACUCAUCCAAAGGUUGUAGAGUAUGCAGCAACUGUGACUGUGGAGCAUGGUGGAAAGACAAGGGUUGAUGGAGGCUGGUUCGCGUGUCCGAAGGGACAGGUUGCGCAGUUUCUGCUGAUGCCGGGAAGUGACAGGAACCUAAAGUUGGAGUGGUAUGAGUUGGAUUAUCGUGCGGAUGAGGGUGGUCCACAUGGGGUGGUGUUGGAUAUGUACACUUAAUCGGAAAUGGGAAUGUAG